AUGGCCGGACUAUAUUUGAUGUGUCCCAUCUGCACGGAAGAUUUUCAAAUGCAGGAUACCGUGUACAGCACUGAUUGUGGUCACCUAUAUCAUUUCAGUUGUAUGCAACAAUGGAGAAGCAGAUCAUCGUGCUGUCCUCAAUGCCGCCAUCACGAUCCAUCUACACACAGAAUAUUCCUAAUUGGCAACUCUCAGCCAAUACCGACUGCUCCCAAAGAAAAUGUAGAUGACUUAAAGACGCAGUUAGAAUCUAGCAUUGAUAAGAUUCACGAAUUACAAGCUCAAUUGGAAGAGGCUGAGCUUAAUCUAUUUCACAUGCAGGAACAGUUUACAGUAGAACAGGGACUAAAAAAGAGUUUAGAACGUACCCUAGCAGAGUAUAAGAAUAAUGAAGACAAUUUCUUAAACUUACACGGCCAGUAUUCUGAGUCGGAAGAGCGUGUACAAUUGCUUUUGGAAGAAAAUGAGCGUUUGACGUUGGAAAAUAAUUACAAAGCAAACGAAAUCAAAUCAAAGAUGGAUGAAAUCACUAAAUUGAAAGAAACUUUUAAUAAAGACUUGCAAUUUGGUGACAUUCAAAACGAAUGUAAGAAUGACCAAUUGACAUUUCUGGAACAAGAAAUCGAACGAUUGACAAAAGAACUUGAACAAAAAAAUCGUGAAAUCACAGAACAGAAGGUAAAACAAAAGAUGGAAAAGGCUGUUUCAUCAGAUAUAGUUGUUAAAUCUUUGCAGCAGAGACUCCAGCAUACUACCGAACAAUUGGAAAAAGAAAUUACAAAUAGUAUAACACUUGAAUGUGAUAAAAUGAAAUUGCAAAGUAAAAUACAACGACUAGAAGAACAACAACAACAGAGAAUUAAUAAUAAUGAAACUCCCGAUAGGAAACCAAAGACUCGACGUGAAAGAAAAAACAAAACUGACGCCACUAAUAAUAAUACGUCGCACAUUCUACCAAAUACGAAAAAUGUGAACAAUAGUUCAACUGUUCCACCAACUGUAAAUGAGAAUGACUCGCCAAGUGGUGUAGUAUUGCAGAAGUUCCCAUAUAAAGAAAUUCGGUAUCCUUUGGAGGAUAUGAUUGUUUCGUUUGCCGCUAAAAUGAAUACAACUCUAACCAAAGACGAUAUCGUUAGAGUAAACAUAUUGGAUAAAUUGGUAACAAAUAAAAUACCAACUACUGUUUGUAUGCAUGUGGUAUUACGAACGAACAUUCUAAAGCAAAAUUUUAUAAGCCAACAGUUUUUGUUAAGGAAUUAUGAAAUCUUCCGAGAUGUUUUUAUAAAGGAGUAUGUUGAUCGGGAAAUUCACGGAUUGUUUUUGUAUGCCAAAAGACAACUACGUGGAACUGUCUUUGAAAGUAUUGUGAUACAAAACAAUGAGAUUAUUGGCAAGAAGAAAUUUCAUGACGCGAGUGGGACAAUCAUAAAAAGCAAAGAACAAGUGGACGAACUACGUAAUAAAUCAGUCUCGCAGCCAAUCAUUGAUGAAUAUUAUUACAAGAUAUCAGUGUAG